AUGUUGCUGAAGUCAGUCCUGACCUCGGGUCUCCUGGCCCUUUCUAUGGGCGUGGAGACUGUCGAGGCUACAAAGUUCGGACGUCUCGGUAACCUCGUUCGUGCUCCUCUCGAUCGUGCGAAGAAAGUCGUCGAGUCGACGCACGCCAAGGCAAUCCGUUCUACGCAGGAUUUCCGCUUUCUGAGCUCCAAGACCAAGGAGUACCUGGUCAGCAGCCUGCCCGAUGUCAAGUUUGAUCUUGGUGAGAUGUACUCGGGUCUUGUCCCUAUCAAAGAGGGCGAUGAUUCCCGACAGCUGUUCUUCGUCUUCCAACCCACCAUUGGUAAGCCUGUUGAUGAAGUUACCAUCUGGCUGAAUGGUGGUCCUGGCUGUAGCUCUAUGGAGAGUUUCCUGCAGGAGACUGGCCGUUUCCUCUGGCAACCUGGUACUUUCGCGCCCGUUGAGAACCCCUAUUCGUGGGUGAAUCUGACCAAUGUGCUUUGGGUCGAUCAGCCCGUUGGAACCGGUUUCUCCAUUGGCACUCCAACUGCCACUACCCAGGAGGAGACUGCGCAGGACUUCAUCAAGUUCUUUAAGAACUUCCAGAAGACUUUCGGUAUCAAGAACUUCAAAAUCUUCGUGACUGGCGAGAGUUAUGCUGGUCGCUACGUUCCAUACAUCUCGGCCGCUAUGCUAGACGAGAAGGACAAGGAAUACUUCGACUUGCAGGGUGCCUUGGCCUAUGACCCUUGCAUUGGCCAAUUUGACUACGUCCAAGAGGAGAUUCCCGCUGUGCCAUUUGUGCAGAAGAACGCCAACCUCUUUGGCUUCAACGAGACUUUCAUGGCCGAUCUCGAGCACCUACACAAAAAGUGUGGCUAUGCCGACUACAUCGACAAGUAUCUGACCUUCCCUCCCCCUCACGAGCAGCCUCCUCUGUUCUUCAAUUACACCAAAGACGCGGAAUGCGAUGUGUUCGACAUCAUCUACGAUGAAACCUUCAAGGUCAACCCGUGCUGGGAUCUCUACGAGAUCAGCUCGAUGUGUCCCUUGCUGUGGGACGUUCUGGCCUUCCCGGGCUCUCUGGACUACCAAGCUCCCGGAUCAACGGUGUAUUUUGACCGCGAGGACGUCAAGAAUGCAAUGCACGCCCCCAACAUCACUUGGUCCGAGUGCUCGAAUGAACCCGUCUUCGUUGGUGGCAGUGCCGGUCCCGAACAAGAGGGCGACACCUCGGCCAACCCCAUUGAGAAGGUCCUCCCCAAGUCAUCGAAGCCACCAACCGCGUCCUCAUCGGCAACGGCGACUACGACAUGGUCAUUAUCACUGAUGGAGAAGCCCGAAACCCCUAUCGACAUCGAGAUUCCAGAUCUCAUGUACAAAUGGGUAUUUGACGACAACGGCUACAACGGCCUCGAUGGAGGUCAGGGUAUCAUGGGCAUCCAGCACUACGAGCGUGGUCUGAUGUGGGUUGAAACGUACAUGUCCGGCCAUAUGCAGCCGCAGUACCAGCCGCGUUCAUCAUACCGUCAUCUGGAAUGGUUGCUCGGGCACACCGAUCAUAUCUGA